UGUAAAUGUAAUCAAAGAAGGGACAAGAUGGGAUUCUUCAUGUCUAAAUCAUUGGAUGAAAGCCUAAAGAAACAGCAAGAGUUCAUGGCAGCAAACAGUGCUCUUCAGCUGGAAAGACAAAUGCUGAUGCAAAAUGAAAUGAGACAGAGACAAGUGGCAAUGCAGAUCGCAUGGUCCCGUGAAUUUAUAAAGUACUUUGGAACUUUUUUGGGACUGACAACAAUUGGUUUAACAAUAGGAGCUUUGAAGAGGAAGAGACCAGGAAUUCUGGUUCCCAUUGUUCCACUGAGCUUCGUUUUUGCAUAUCAGUAUGAUCUGGCAUAUGGAACAUUAAUGAUAAGGAUGAAAGAUGAAGCAGAGAAUAUAAUUGAUAGAGAACAAACCCUUCUUCAGAUGCCAAAAGGAGUGCCUACCUUUGAAAGUAUUGAAAAGGCCAGAAGGGCUCGGAGUAUGUUUUUCAUCCAAAAAUAGAUUUGGAGCAUAUAAGUCGUGAAUCUGGCAAUCGAAAUCUCAGAUCAAAGGGGAAGUGUGUAUUAGUAGCAGCUCAUUAUCCUUAUAUGGAUGUUUUUAAUCAAAUGGCAUGCAUAGUUGUAACCUUUAAUGAACGUGUCCAUUAUUGAAUAAAGCCUCAUGUGAUUUGGA